ACCAAACGAUUUGGAGACAAGAUCUUCAUGGUGGAGAUAGCACUGGGUAGUUAAAGUUUAGGGAUUGUGACACAAUUGUGCCAACCAUUGAGUGACGCCAAUUGUACAUAUCCCAAUGCAGUGACUCUAAGAAAGCAGAGGCAGUCCUAGACUUUAUGAGGCCUUUGGAAAAACUUGGACAUUAGGCCCUCACAGACAAGAUGUCGCAGCAUACUGUGGGUUGGCAGCACCCGGGCAAAGGUUAAGUAUUGUGUGAAGUACUGGGUAGCUGCCAAGUAUCACCGGUGCCAUGUCACAGAGCGAGUCGAUACAGUUUUGGUUCUGCAUCGUUUUAAACCGCUUUUUGCACCCAAUUGAAAAACUCUCUAGGGGACUUUUGUACCAUCACAAAUACUAUAAAAUCAACAUAAAUCUCCUAUACUGAUGACUGACCACCGAGAUUUCACCCUGGUCUCAGGAAGUGUAACAGGAGUACUUAUCACUGUGUGUCGGCUUGUGGGGUGCUGUGAGGUGCAGAAGGGGAGCAGCAAAAACAAGACCAGAAGGGACUUUAUAGUGAAAGACAGGGGGUGCCCUAUAAGGCUCUGCUUCCCUAUGCAGCUCCUCACCUGUGAGCCCUAUAAAUAUCUAGUCACCCACUACCCUAAGACUCACUAUCCUUUCCUCUGUAAGGACCCUUCCUACUGUUCCUCCUUUAAUAGGUGCCCCUCCUGUAACCCCAUAUUGCACAUUUUCCUAUUAUUUUUAUUUUGUAUGAGUCCCUCCUGGCCAUGGGUCCUUGGGUCCUGUCCUAAUGCCCAAAUGGUCAUAGAACACCACAGUAAAUUAAACAAACUGUAUCCUAUGUAACAAACUACAAACACUUACCACACCCCAGGGGGCAGGAGAACGUCACCACUAGUCCUUGCCUUAUGUGAUAUUAUGUGACACAGGGAGGGGUUAAGGCGACUAAUAAAAGGUGCAGAACCUGUCGGUCAUCACAGUAGGAGUCACCAUGAUCCAGAUCCUCGGUCUUGUGCUGUUGUAUACAGGAGCUGCUGCAGGACUGCAGUGCACUGUGAUCCCUGGAAAUCUGAAGCAGAUCGAUGCAGGCGCCGGUCAGGUCUAUGGUGUGAACAAUGAUGACAACAUCUACCAAUGGUUGGACACAUACUGGAAGCAGAUUCCUGGCAAACUGAUCCAUGUGUCGGUCGGUCCAGCCGGUGUCUGGGGAGUCAACAGGGCGAAUAAUAUCUAUAGAUUAGACGAUGACAGCUGGGUGGCUGUUAAUGGUCUUCUGAAGCAGGUAGACGCAGGUGGUCAUAAAUUCCUGUCUGGAGCCAAUGCAGGGGAUUCGAUUUACUGCCUGAACCAGGGUCAAACCGUUUCCAAAUCGGUCGUCUUCGCCUAUACCCAACUAGAGGGGGCUCUGAAGUAUUACAGCUGUGGCCCUUAUGGCUGCUGGGGUGUUAAUUCCGCCAAUAACAUAUAUUACCGCUAUGAUGUGAAGCCCACAUCUUGCCAGGGAAGUCGGUGGCAGCAGAUAGAAGGCAGUUUGGUCAUGGUGGAGGUCGGCACAGAUGGUUCAGUGUAUGGUGUGAAUGACCAAGGAUAUUUGUAUAGAAGGGAUGGGAUCUCGGCUAGCAAUCCUACCGGAACCUUUUGGACUAUAAUGGAUUUCUGUGGCACUUUCCGACAUGUAUCCUAUGAUGAUGGAAACCUGUGGCUUCUGGGGAAGAGUGGAGACAUCUAUAAAUGCAAAGCCAAUGACUACUUAGACUACUCUGGGCCGGCCCGGCGAUGAGAUUCCAUGUAAAUACAGGAACGACUUGUUCAAAGAGUACUUUAUUUUUUUCUUUGUGAUUCAGAGAAAACAGGGGGGAAAAAAUAAAGUAAAAUCAUAGAUAAUACAAAAAUAAUAAUAAAAUCACAAUGCUCAAUUUUUUGUAAUAUCUGUUGCAUUAAAUAAAAUAUGGAUUUCAAAUCGUUUAUUUUAUGUCUU